CUUGACAACUUUCCUUCCCAGGAGGACCCCGUUCUGGAGCGUUAUUUUAAAGGCCACAAAGCGGCGAUCACCUCCGUGGACUUUAGUCCCAAUGGCAAACAACUUGGCGGAGGACUGAGAGGUCUCAGGUGACCCUUGGGAAGCCCCUGUGGCUGGAAAGGAGACGAGCGCCUGCACGAAAGGACGGACCUGCUCGGAAGUUCACUCCUACCUGUGCCGGGAACUGAAGUUGCGGAUCCGCCAGCCUUUCCCCUGCGUGGUGACUCUGGUGGCCGCGUCUGCGCCCUAGCUCUGAGGAUCCCGAUGGCCGUGAGGUGGACUUGGGCAGGCAAAAGCUGCCUGCUGCUGGCACUUUUAACUGUGGCCUAUAUCGUAGUGGAACUCUCGGUCUCCACUUUCCAUGCCUCCCCAGGAGUUGGCCUUGCCUGGGAGCGGGGGCCAAGGCAGCUCUCAGACCCUGAGAAAAAGACAGAGGAUUUGUCUCGACCGCUUUAUGAGAAGCCCCCUGCAGAUUACCAUGCACUUGGGGAGUGGGGGAAAGCCAGCAAACUCCAGCUCAACGAGGCUGAACUGAAGCAGCAAGAAGAACUCAUUGAGAGAUAUGCCAUCAAUAUUUACCUCAGUGACAGGAUUUCCCUGCACCGUCAUAUAGAGGAUAAAAGAAUGUACGAGUGUAAAUCCAAGAUGUUUAACUAUAGGAGACUUCCCACCACCUCUGUUAUCAUUGCUUUCUAUAACGAAGCCUGGUCGACUUUGCUGCGCACCAUCCACAGUGUUUUAGAAACUUCUCCUGCAGUCCUUUUGAAGGAGAUCAUCUUAGUUGAUGACUUGAGUGACAGAGUUUAUUUGAAGACACAACUUGAAACCUACAUCAGCAAUCUCCAAAGAGUACGCUUGAUUAGAACAAAUAAGAGGGAGGGGCUGGUUAGGGCCCGCCUGAUUGGGGCCACUUUUGCCACUGGGGAUGUUCUCACUUUCCUGGACUGUCACUGCGAGUGUAAUUCUGGUUGGCUGGAACCCCUUUUGGAAAGGAUUGGUGAUGACGAAACAGCAAUUGUUUGUCCUGUUAUAGACACCAUUGAUUGGAAUACUUUUGAAUUCUAUAUGCAGACUGGAGAACCCAUGAUUGGCGGGUUUGACUGGCGUUUAACAUUCCAGUGGCAUUCUGUCCCCAAACAUGAAAGGGACAGGUGGAAAUCGAGAAUUGACCCAAUCAGAUCGCCCACCAUGGCUGGAGGACUAUUUGCUGUCAGCAAGAAAUAUUUUGAGUACCUUGGAACAUAUGACACUGGAAUGGAAGUGUGGGGAGGUGAAAACCUCGAGCUGUCUUUUCGAGUGUGGCAGUGUGGAGGUAAAUUGGAGAUCCACCCGUGUUCCCACGUGGGCCAUGUAUUCCCCAAGCGGGCACCAUAUGCUCGGCCCAAUUUCCUACAGAAUACUGCUCGGGCAGCGGAAGUGUGGAUGGAUGAGUACAAAGAGCAUUUCUACAAUCGGAACCCUCCAGCAAGGAAAGAAGCUUAUGGUGAUAUUUCUGAAAGAAAAUUACUACGAGAACGGCUGAACUGCAAAAGCUUUGACUGGUAUUUGAAAAAUGUGUUUUCGAAUUUACAUGUUCCAGAGGAUAGGCCAGGCUGGCACGGAGCUAUUCGCAGUAUGGGGAUCUCUUCUGAAUGUUUAGAUUAUAAUUCUCCUGACAACAACCCCACAGGUGCUAACCUUUCACUGUUUGGAUGCCAUGGUCAAGGAGGCAAUCAGUUCUUUGAAUAUACUUCAAACAAAGAAAUACGGUUUAAUUCUGUGACAGAGUUAUGUGCGGAGGUUCCUGAGCAAAAGAAUCAUGUAGGAAUGCAGAAUUGUCCAAAAGAUGGGUUCCCUGUUCCAGCAAACAUUAUUUGGCAUUUUAAAGAAGAUGGGACCAUUUUUCAUCCACACUCAGGACUUUGUAUUAGUGCUUAUCGGACACCAGAGGGUCGACCUAAUGUUCAGAUGAGAACUUGUGAUGCUCUAGAUAAAAAUCAAAUCUGGAAGUUUGAGAACUAGAAGAGGACAACAGCAUUUUCAUCCUGAGCUGAUGAUAUAUUUAGGAAAGUCAGAUCCUCAGUGAAGAUUAUAUUUCAUCAGCGAUCACCCAGUGGUCAUCUGUGAGAGCACUGUAGAAUCUGUGGUUCAUUUUGGUCUAGAACACUGAAACUGGGUGUUUGGAGAGCUGCUGUUUAAUGUUUCAAAGUGCCUUAAAGGUGGUUUUAUUUCACAGCUCUGUCAUUUUGGUUUCUUGCUUCUCAAUAAAGAAGUUGUCUGCGAAUAGAGAUACACAAAACAUUUAAGUGCCAGACUUGAUAUUAAAGAAUGUAAGAGUCCAAGAAAAAUGAGAGAUGAUUUAUGUUGAUGGGUAAGUUCACUGCACAUCCCAUUUUUUAACCAAACUCAUAAAUGUGCAGUUUGAGCUAUUGUUAUUUUGAUUGUAUAUAGAAUUUGAAUUUAGCUAGCACAUUAAAUUUUAGGAUUUUUUUUAUUUUUUAUUUUAAUUUUUCUUUAAUCAAAUGGAAAUCGAAGAGUUGAUUUUAAGGAGAAAGACUUGGUUUAGAUGUAUCUGCCCUUAGAAGAGGACAUUAGUUCGAAUGUGAGUUUGAAGGUCUUUUUAACAUUUAGACAUCUCAGAAAAAUAUACCAGUAUCUGAAUGACAUGGGGACAUCUUUACAUUCCACACUUUGUAAACUUGGACUUAACUUAUCUAUAUUGAUACCUCAAGUUGCUCUGAUUUUGUAAGCCGUCCUAUUUGUGAACUUGUUUGUGUGUUAGGGCAUUUUUUGAUUGCACUUCCUUAAGUUGUGAAUGUACUAGAGAGGGACUCAUUCAGAAUACUGUAUACUUCCUUCCUUUUGUUAAUGCUUAAUCACUUAAAGUAAAUUCAAUUGAGGCCUCUUUGAAGUUAAACUCAACUGUGUUUACUGAAAUGUGUGAAACUGAAAGUGGGCCGAAUUUUACAAAGGCUGUGGAACUCUUCUAUGAGUUCUUGCUGAUUAGGGCAUUUAAGCAUUUGUCUUAAGAAAACAAGGGGAAAAGACUGUCUUGACAAUGGUAAAUGCUGCCUUCCAGCUUGUUUUCAGCACCUAUUAGGAGCCUGGAAUUUAGGCAGCUUUCACUAAGUGGGAGAAUGAAUGACUCAGACGAGGAAUGUGACUUUGGUCAAAUCAUUUGACCAGAUGACUCAGUUUGGGCCUCAGUUUCCUCAUCUGUAAAAUGUAGGUGCUGGAUUAGAUCUUAAAGAUCCCUUCCAGCUCUGAAAUGUUAUGAUUGUACAUUAUACCCUUCUGAGAUUCAGUCAUUGUGCAAUCUCUGUAACACUUGUUAUCUCAUCACUCUCAACACAGGUAAUGUUGAGCAAUGCUCGAUCCAGUUAUAAAGCUGGUAAAGGGAACUGGUUUUAAAACUUACGUGAGCUGAGCUCAUGCUAAGCGAUUUCUUUUGAAUUGAAUGGAAAGUUGUGGUCAGUAUUUGUAUUCAUUUCGUUUUGACAACCGUUGAACCAAUUUUUGUUUUUAUCUUUAAGAUUUAGAAUUCUAAAGAUAAUCUUUUGGGCUAAGAAUAUAAGUAUUUCCCAAACUAAAUUAUUUGAGAAGUCAACUGGUUUUAUUCCAAUAUUAUAUCCAGAAAUCACAGGCUAAAUUUAGAAUUAAAUCUCGAUUAGUUCAUUUUGGUCUAGAUUUAUGAAAAAUGCAUGCUUCAUAAGGAAUUAGUUUAUAGUAUUCAUAAGUAAUUUUCAGUGUUUACUUAAUGACUUAGAGAGUAGGAACUUUGCAAUAUUUGAAUUUAAGAAAAAUUUUUAGGAUAACCAUUUCAAAAAGUAAAAUUGCUAUGUAUCUUGAAUAUGUUGUUUCUUUUUUACUUCUUAAAAUGAAAAUGUGUUAAUAACUUUCUGUAAGUUAUCUCUCAAUUGUAAAGUUUAUCAAAAAAUUACCCAGAUUCCAUGUGCAAUGUAUAUGGCCCUGGGUGUAAUUUAAGGAGGAUUUAUAAUAAUGUUUCUAAUUUUACAAAAGAGUUGAUUGACAACAGAUAUUUUCCUAAACCUACCUUCUCCCUUUGCUCCAUCUGCCUUUUUAAAAAAUUAAAUCACCCUUUCUCUCUUUUUUUUUUAAUUUAUCUUUGUUGUUCUUUUUAGCACCCUAUCAAAUGGGAGAACUAAAACUGAUAUAUUCUGGAAAUACUUUUUGGAAUUAUUUUUAUUCUAGUAUUGUAUUGCUCAUGUCAAAGGGGAAAGGGAGCAUUGAAAAGUAAAGUAGUACUUAAUUCUUUAUUUACCUUUUGUCUAAAUUGUAGAGUGUGAACUCAUUAAUCUUUUUGGAAGAAAUUUUAGGCUAGGUAAAGACAAAAGGUUGUUUUUAAGUUGUGUAGCCCUAGUAGGUUUAGGGUCUCAAUUUUAAUUAAUAAAAUACUUAGUAUUGACUCAUUUCUUUUUUUUUUUUAUUUUCUGUUUUAAUAAUAUUUUUUAAUGGACACAAAGAAUGUUAAGGUUCAGAUUAAUGUCUUUUAAAUGAUGAAUUUUCUUCUGUAUGUGAGCAGUUUCCAUCUUUUUUUCCCUUUUGUUAAUUGUAUUUGCGAUACUGAUUAAGACAUAUAAAAUAAAAUGUGUGCCUGAUUAUUUUUGCAA